AUGACUUACUUUCAAUCAAACAAAGGGAAACGUAAUCGCGAAGAUGAUUUACUAUGUGAAUCGGCGCCAUUAUCUAAACGGAUCAAUAAUCUGCGUUUGUCGAAUUUCGAAGUCACAAAUCUUAAAUUUCAACAACAAUUACCGCAUAAUAAUCAUCUAUAUCAAGCUACACAAGGCAAUAACAACAACUAUCAUUCGCAGCAACAAUAUCUGCCGACGGAUAUUAUGGUAACUCAGUUGCAGCAUAUGGAAACCCCAUUACCCGAUCACCCUAACGAUGCGGUUGAAAAAGCCACUUACAAUCCCGAUUUGAAUGAAGCGGAAAAUCCCUAUUAUUAUGCUAACAAUAGAUUGCUGCACGAAUUACAUUUGGAACGUUUGAAAAGAUUUUCGCCCUGA